UAGAUGAAUAUGAAAAUGUUUUAGGCUGUUUUUUUGGACAUGGUUCACCCCUGCAGUCUCAUUUGGUAUGAUCCGCUUUGACGCGGGAUAUAGUUGAAUCCGUCAGAAUCAUAAAGUCGGACUGUUUACCUUCAGAAACACAUUAAAUAUAUUGAGGAAGAUCAUGGAGCAGAAAUAUGAGGACGAGAUCCAGAUGCUCCAUCAGGAAAUUGAAAUGCUGGAGGCUGAACAGGAGGAGGUUUUACGGUCCAUUUUCAUACAGCAUGGAGAUCGACUACAAGAGGAACUAAAGUCAGUCUGUGAGGAAAAGGGAGGUGGAGGAGCACAUAAACACGCUCUUUCAAAACUCAACACAGAAAUCAGAGAGCUGGAAAAAGACCUCAGACGACAGACGGAAAUCAACGAGAUUGCUCUCAAUGAGUGUUUUGUGAAGACGCUACACAAAAGUGAAAGAAAACUUGUUCAGCAGCUCAGACUUGCAGGUCACUGCAGUGUACUGUUGUUCCAGGUUGAAUUUGCUGUGACUGAGAUUCAGGAGGGUGAUGCUCUUCUCAGGAGAGUUACAGAGCUCAAUAUUGUUGUGGAUGGUGUUGAAUUUAAAGAUUUCUCUGCAUUUGUGUCCAGAGUUGAGGACACAAAAGAUCUUCUCUUGUUCUUCAGGACCUUGAGGACGUUCUCUGAGAGAUGUGAGGAGAGGCGUCAAACAUUUCAGCACUUUCAGAGACUGCAGGCAUGUGAAACUGUUGGGGUACUGGCCGAGGAUGACAGGAUUUCCAUCCAUACGGAUCUCGUUCAUGUUGGGACGGAUGUAAAGACUUGUUCUACUUUAUUACCUGAAGGUGAAGUGUCCGGACAGUCUCUGGAAUGAAAGGAACGGCCUCCAGUUCAUUAUGAGCAAGAUACAGAUGUGUCAGUUUGUUCAAUUUCUGUAAGCAAAGAAGAUCAAAAGUUUUUGGUCAGUACUGGAGUGCAAAAUGUUAAAACAUUAACAAACAUGACUGUUUUUGUCUUACUCAAAGUAAUUUGGUUGGGUUUUUUUCUGGGAAUGAGUUUAGCCCUUUAAAAAAGACUUCAGAAUAUUGUAUGUCGCUUGGUAGUUUGGAACAAUGUUGAACAUGUAUUUGAAAUAGGCCUAUUAAAAAUUCUUGGCUCGUUACCUUGAAAGCAUUUGCCUUGAUUCCUUUGGUCCUGAGUUUGUUGUGAUUAGCAUUGAAGGAGAUUAAUUUUGUUGGUAGCAUUGGUAGCUUGACCAGCUGGUUUUCGGCUAGCGAGAGUUCC